AUGGUGCUUCAAUUCUCAAAAAUUUUGCGCCAUGCCACGGCGGCAACAGGGCACGGCAAGCUAGUCUUCUCGCUCAUGACGCCUCAUACUACUCUUAUCAACAAAAAGGUCGUGAAACAAGCUACUUUGCCAGGAUCUGAGGGGUACUUCACGAUUACCAAGGGACACUCGGCAAUGCUCAGCAUGUUGAAACCCGGAGUGAUCUCCGUGGUGUGCGACGAGGCAGGGGAGAUGUCGAAAUACUUCCUAUCAUCAGGGUUUUUCAAAAUCUCCCAUGUAGAUGGCGACAGUGUGGCAGAAGUUUCAGGGGUAGAGGCGGUACCAUUGGAUCAUAUAGACAAAGAACGUACCACGCAAGUACUGCAGGAACUUCUGGCUGAGGCACAUGGUUCAACCGAUCCUUGGACCAAAGCAAAGGCAGCACUCGGGCAAGACCUUUGCGCCUCCAUACUUAAGGCGGUAUAA